ACCUUAAACUACUGUAAAAAAAAAGUAAACCGAAUUUAAGGGGAAGAGGCAAAGAUGGCUACUCAAAAAGAAAAAGAGUCAUCUGAUUAUCUCAAAAGGCACAAAAUUAUUGAGCUCAUGGACAAUCUGACUAGCAUGCUGUUCUUUUACAGACCCGAGAACCCCAGAGAGUUUCUCAUCAAGCAGCUGGAACAGUUGAACAUUUCUAAGCAGACUGGUGAAAAAAGACCUAAUUUGUUCAAUAGCUCCAACCUGGAUGCAGUCUUUGGAAUACUGGACCCUACAAAUCAGAAAUACAUCACUUUUGCUCAGUACAAACAAGCUCUGAUCACACUGGGUAUAAAAGACAUUAAUGACAGUCCUGAAGGUGUCGAUGAAGACAGAAUAUCCCAUGAGACUUUCAAAAGAGAAGCGAUGCAAGGUCUGGAGAAAUGUUCAGCGACAUUUGAACACCUGUGAAAACUGAAGCUUUAGUCUUAGUCUUUAGUCUUUUUUUAAUUUAAAAAAAUCCAUAUAUUUCUGCAGAAGUGCUUACAUAUAUUUCCA